UCUAAAUGUAGUUAAAAACGAAGCCUAUUGUCAUGGGCAUACAUGUUAACAUAAUGUGGAAUGGUCACUCGUUAUCACCACUAUUGACUAGGCCUUAUUCCACUAAGAUAGGAAAUACUCAUACUAAUACUUAUCACCUAUUCACCCAUUCCUUUUCCUCAUCCAUUGUGCGAUACCACUUCCUACUUUUACCUAGAGUAUAAAUACUCACCUGUGUUGUAUAUACCAUAGG